AUGAUCUCCCGAGCUAGAGAACAGGCUGCAUGGAGGCUCAGGUCUGAAAAAUGGGGGCAAUACUUGACUGGCCUGUGAUUCAGGAUAUGUGCUGUGUACUUUUCCCUCAGGGUUAGUGCCUAUCUAUAAUACUGUUAGACCAUGCACAUUUUAUGAAAUGUCUAACAGAUGCCACCCUUUACCUUUCUCAACAAUAACAUCUGAAAAGUUGUACUGAAAAAUUGCACAAUUAAAGCAAACAUUACGUAUGUCUUCAGGCUUCCAUUAAAGAGAUACACAACUUCCUUUCGGAUUAUGGAUGAACUAUGCCCCUUUAAGCCUCCCCAAGAGGCUAGAAGCUCUUGAUUAAGUCACCACUCUUAUUAAAAAGGGAUCCAAAAGGAUUCUCCUAUGGGGAUAGCUGAAGAACCCUUUUAGGUUCUAGAUAGCACCUUUUUUUCUAAGAGUGUAGGUGUUGAACUAAGGUUGCUAUUGUAAUUUAACAAGAAGAUCUACUUUUUUUAUUACCAUUUUUAAUUAGCUUUUUAUUUUUUAUUUUUUUAAUCCUCACAAGCUGUUAAACAUUUAAUAACAUUUGUAUGGCCUUAGGUAGUGAUUUACUUUUUCAACCAAUGGAUGGCUUAUUAUAACUGGCCAAUUGAUUGGUUGAUGAAUUUAUAUACUGUACUUGAUUGGCUGUUACUAUUUUGGGGGUGGUUGUUAUGCUGAUAGCUGUGGAGCAGAGACACAGUGUCUGCAUGCACAUUGACUUCCAACAUGUUGAGCACUCUGGACAGUAGUUUGGAAUUAUGGAAAACAGAUGUGGGGCCUCCCGGGUUCUGCCCUGUACAGUUCUAACAGGCCUUGCAUCAGGAGAGGAGGCAGCUAUCUACGCGCCCCCAGCGUGGAAAAUAUUCUUGCUGUUAUGAAAUUGUGUUUUGCAUGUUUUGUGGUGGUGAAGCCAUUUGAAUGUAAUCAGCUAGGAAUGGGGAUGACUUAUUUUUGUUUCUCUGAGUGUGUGUGUGUGUGUGUGUGUGUGUGUGUGUGUGUGUGUGUGUGUGUGUGUGUGUGUCUGUGUGUGUGCGUGUGUCUAAUCAAAUCAAAUGUUAUUGGUCACAUACAGUGGGGGUAAAAAGUAUUUAGUCAGCCACCAAUUGUGCAAGUUCUCCCACAUAAAAAGAUGAGAGAGGCCUGUAAUUUUCAUCAUAGGUACACGUCAACUAUGACAGACAAAAUGAGAAAAUAAAAUCCAGAAAAUCACAUUGUAGGAUUUUUAAUGAAUUUAUUUGCGAAUUAUGGUGGAAAAUAAGUAUUUGGUCAAUAACAAAAGUUUCUCAGUACUUUGUUAUAUACCCUUUGUUGGCAAUGACACAGGUCAAACGUUUUCUGUAAGUCUUCACAAGGUUUUCACACACUGUUGCUGGUAUUUUGGCCCAUUCCUCCAUGCAGAUCUCCUCUAGAGCAGUGAUGUUUUGGGGCUGUCGCUGGGCAACACGGACUUUCAACUCCCUCCAAAGAUUUUCUAUGGGGUUGAGAUCUGGAGACUGGCUAGGCCACUCCAGGACCUUGAAAUGCUUCUUACGAAGCCACUCCUUCGUUGCCCGGGCGGUGUGUUUGGGAUCAAUGUCAUGCUGAAAGACCCAGCCACGUUUCAUCUUCAAUGCCCUUGCUGAUGGAAGGAGGUUUUCACUCAAAAUCUCACGAUACAUGGCCCCAUUCAUUCUUUCCUUUACACGGAUCAGUCGUCCUGGUCCCUUUGCAGAAAAACAGCCCCAAAGCAUGAUGUUUCCACCCCCAUGCUUCACAGUAGGUAUGGUGUUCUUUGGAUGCAACUGAGCAUUCUUUGUCCUCCAAACACGACGAGUUGAGUUUUUACCAAAAAGUUAUAUUUUGGUUUCAUCUGACCAUAUGACAUUCUCCCAAUCCUCUUCUGGAUCAUCCAAAUGCACUCUAGCAAACUUCAGACAGGCCUGGACAUGUACUGGCUUAAGCAGGGGGACACGUCUGGCACUGCAGGAUUUGAGUCCCUGGCGGCGUAGUGUGUUACUGAUGGUAGGCUUUGUUACUUUGGUCUCAGCUCUCUGCAGGUCAUUCACUAGGUCCUAAUAAUUGCUCCCACAGUUGAUUUCUUCAAACCAAGCUGCUUAUCUAUUGCAGAUUCAGUCUUCCCAGGCUGGUGCAGGUCUACAAUUUUGUUUCUGGUGUCCUUUGACAGCUCUUUGGUCUUGGCCAUAGUGGAGUUUGGAGUGUGACUGUUUGAGGUUGUGGACAGGUGUCUUUUAUACUGAUAACAAGUUCAAACAGGUGCCAUUAAUACAGGUAACGAGUGGAGGACAGAGGAGCCUACAGGUCUGUGAUAGCCAGAAAUCUUGCUUGUUUGUAGGUGACCAAAGACUUAUUUUCCACCAUUCAUUAAAAAUCCUACAAUGUGAUUUUCUGGAGAAAAAAAAUCUCAAUUUGUCUGUCAUAGUUGACGUGUACCUAUGAUGAAAAUUACAGGCCUCUCUCAUCUUUUAAAGUGGGAGAACUUGCACAAUUGGUGGCUGACUAAAUACAUUUUUUCCCCACUGUACACAUAUUUAGAUGUUAUUUCGGGUGUAGCGCAAUGCUUGUGUUCCUAGCUCCACAACAAUACACACAAUACAAUACACAGUGCAUUCGAAAAGUAUUCAGACCCCUUGACUUUUUCCACAUUUUGUUAUGUCACAGCCUUAUUCUAAAAUGGAUAAAAAGAAUGAUCCUCAUCAAUCUACAAACAAUACCUCGUAAUGACAAAGCAAAAACAGGUUUUUAUACAUUUUUGCAAAUUUAUAAAAAAUACAAAACUACAUUAAAUUACAUUUACAUAAGUAUUCAGUGCCUUUACUCAGUACUUUGUUGAAGCACCUUUGGCAGCGAUUACAGCCUUGAGUCUUCUUGGGUAUGACGCUACAAGCUUGGCACACCUGUAUUUGGGGAGUUUCUCCCAUUCUUCUUCUCUGCAGAUUCUCUCAAGCUCUGUCAGGUUGGAUGGGGAGCGUCGCUGCACAGCUAUUUUCAGGUCUCUCCAGAAAUGUUAGAUCGGGUUCAAGUCCGGGCUCUGGCUGGGCCACUCAAGGACAUUCAGAGACUUGUCCUGAAGCCACUCCUGCAUUGUCUUGGCUGUGUGCUUAGGGUCGUUGUCCUGUUGGAAGGUGAACCCUCUCCACAGUCUAAGGUCCUGAGUGCUCUGGAGCAGGUUUUCAUCAAGGAUCUCUCUGUACUUUGCUCCGUUCAGCUUUCCAUCGAUCCUGACUUGUCUCCCAGUCCCUGCCGCUGAAAAACAUCCCCACAGCAUGAUGCUGCCACCACCAUGCUUCACCGUAGGGAUGGUGCCAGGUUUGCUCCAGGCGUGACGCUUGGCUUUCAGGCCAAAGACUUCAAUCUUGGUUUCAUUAGACCAGAGAAUCUUGUUUCUCAUAGUCUGAGAGUCCUUUAGGUGCCUUUUGGCAAACUCCAAGCGGGCUGUCAUGUGCCUUUUACUGAGGAGUGGCUUCCAUGUGGCCACUCUACCAUAAAAGCCUGAUUGGUGGAGUGCUGCAGAGAUGGUUGUCCUUCUGGAAGGUUCUCCCAUCUCCACAGAGGAACUCUGGAGCUCUGUCAGAGUGACCAUCAGGUUCUUGGUCACCUCCCUGACCAAGGCCCUUCUCCCCCAAAUGCUCAGUUUGGCCGGGCAGCCAGCUCUAGGAAGAGUCUUAGUGAUUCCAAACUUCCAUUGAAGAAUAAUGGAGGCCACUGUGUUCUUGGGGACCUUCAAUGCUGCAGAAAUGUUUUGCUACCCUUCCCCAGAUCUGUGCCUCGACACAAUCCUGUCUCAGAGCUCUACCGAUAAUACCUUUGACUUCAUGGCUUGGUUUUUGCUCUGACAUGCAGUGUCAACUGUGGGACCUUAUAUAGACAGGUGUGUGCCUUUCUAAAUCAUGUCCAAUCAAUUGAAUUUACCACAGAUAGACUCCAAUGAAGUUGUAGAAACAUCUCAAGGAUGAUCAAUGGAAACAGGAUGCACCUAAGCUCAAUUUCGAGUCUCACAUCAAAGGGUCUGAAUACUUAUGUAAAUAAGGUAUUUCUGUUAUUUAUUUAUUUAAAAUUAAAAACCUGUUUUCGCUUUGUCAUUAUGGAGUAUUGUGUGUAGAUUAAUGAGGAAAACAAGCAAUUUAAUCCAUUUUAGAAAAAGGGAAGGAGUCUGAAUAAUUGCAUGUGGUAUAUCUGAAGAAUAGUAUAUGUACAGCAAUAGUUAAAUAGAAUAGGCCUUGACUAGAAUACAGUAUAUACAUAUGAAAUGGGUAAAACAGUAUGUAAACAAUAUUAAAGUGACCAGUGUUCCAUGACUAUGUACACUGAACAAAAAUAUAAAUGCAACAUGCCACAAUUACAAGUCAUAUAAGGAAAUCAGUCAAUUUAAAUAAAUAAAUUAGGUCCUAAUCUAUGGAUUUCACAUGACUGGGAAUACACAUAUGGAUCUGUUGGUCACAGAUACUUUUUUUUUUUUAUGUAGGGGCCUGGAUCAGAAAACGAAUCAGUAUCUGGUGUGACCACCAUUUGCCUCAUGCAGCGCGACGCAUCUCCUUUGCAUAGAGUUGAUCAGGCUUUUGAUUGUGGCCUGUGGAAUGUUGUCCCACUCCUCUUCAAUGGCUGUGUGAGGUUGCUGGAUAUUGGCGGGAUCUGGAACACGCUGUCGUACACGUUGAUCCAGAGCAUCCCAAACAUGCUCAAUGGGUGACAUGUCUGGUGAGUAUGGCGCAGUGGUCUAAGGCACUGCAUCGCAGUGCUAGCUGUGCCACUAGAGAUCCUGGUUCGAAUCCAGGCUCUGCCGUAGCCGGCCGCGACCGGGAGACCCAUGGGGCGGCGCACAAUUGGCCCAGCGUCGUCCAGGGUAGGGGAGGGAAUGGCCGGCAGGGAUGUAGCUCAGUUGGUAGAGCAUGGCGUUUGCAACGCCAGGGUUGUGGGUUCGAUUCCCACGGGGGGCCAGUAUGAAAAGUAAAAAUAAGAAAAUAAUGUAUGCACUGACUAAAAUGUAAAUGUGAAUGUAUGCAGACCAUGGAAGAACUGGGACAUUUUCAUAUUCCAGGAAUUGUGUACAGAUCCUUGCCACAUGGGGCCAUGCAUUAUCAUGCUGAAACAUGAGGUGAUGGCGGCGGAUGAAUGGCACGACAAUGGGCCUCAGGAUCUCUGUGCAUUCAAAUUGCCAUAGCUAAAAUGCAAUUGUGUUCGUUGUCUAUAGCUUAUGUCUGCCCAUACCAUAACCCCACCGCCAACAUGGGGCACUCUGUUCACAACGUUGACAUCAGCAAACCGCUCGCCCACACGACGCUAUAUACUGCCAUCUGUCCGAUACAGUUGAAACCGGGAUUCAUUCGUGAAGAGCACACAUCUCCAGCAUGCCAGUGGCCAUCGAAGGUGAGCAUUUGCCCACUGAAGUUGGUUACGACGCUGAACUGCAGUCAAGUCAAGACCCUGGUGAGGACGACAAGCACGCAGAUUAGCUUCCCUGAGACGGUUUCUGAUAGUUUGUGCAGAAAUUCGGUUGUGCAAAACCCACAGUUUCAUCAGCUGUCCAGGUAGGCUGGUCUCAGACCAUCCUGCAGGUGAAGAAGCCGGAUGUGGAGGUCCUGGGCUGGCGUGGUUACACGUGGUCUGCGGUUGUUAUGCCGGUUGGACGUACUGCCAAAUUCUCUAAAACAACGUUGGAGGCGGUUUAUGGUCGAGAAUUGAACAUUAAAUUCUCUGGCAACAGCUCUGGUGGACAUUCCUGCAGUCAGCAUGCCAAUUGCACGCUCCCUCAAAACUUGAGACAUCUGUGGCAUUGUGUUGUGUGACAAAACUGCACAUUUUAGAGUUUAGUUAUUGUCCCCUGCACAAGGUACACCUGUGUAAUGAUCAUGCUGUUUAAUCAGCUUCUUAAUAUGCCACACCUGUCAGGUGGAUGGAUUAUCUUGGCAAAGGAGAAAUGCUCACUAACAGGGAUGGAAACAAAUUUGUGCACAACAUUUGAGAAAAAUAAGCUUUUUGUGCCUAUGGAACAUCUUUUACUUCAGCUCAUGAAACAUGGGACCAACGCUUUACAUGUUGUGUUUAUCUUUUUGUUCAGUAUACAUAGGGCAGCUGCCUCUAAAGUGCAGUAGAGUAACCGGGUGUGACAGUGACUAAGUUCGGGGUGAACAGGCCGUGGCUCGGGUGGCUGAGGUCCUUGCUGAGCUUCUUGGCCUUCCUGUGACACAGGUACUGUAGAUGUCCUGGAGGGCAGGCAGUGUGCCCCCGGUGAUGCGUUGAGCAGACCGCACCACCCUCUGGAGAGCCCUGCGGUUGCGGAUGGUGCAGUUGCCGUACCAGACGGUGAUACAGCCCGACAGGAUGUUCUCAAUGGUGCAUCUAUAAAAGUUUGUGAGGGUCUUAGGGGCCAAGCCAAAUGUCUUCAACCUCUAUUGCGCCUUCUUCACCACACUGUCUGUGUGGGUGGACCAUUUCAGAUUGUUAGUGAUGUGCACACUGAGGAACUUGAAGCUUUUCACCUUCUCCACUGCAGCCCUGUUGAUGUGGAUGGGGGCAUGCUCCGUCUGUUGUCUCCUGAAGUCCACGAUCAGCUCCUUCGUUUUGUUGACGUUGAGGUUAUUUUCUUGGCACCACUCCACCAGGUUCCUCACCACCUCCCUGUAGGCUGUCUCGUCGUCAUAAUCAGGAGACAACCUACAGGGAGGGGGUGAGGGCCUUGGCGGAGUGGUGCCAGGAAAAUAACCUCUCCCGCAACGUGUGUGCAAGCUUCCGUGCGUGUGUGAUAGAGUGUGUGGGGGUGUAGGACUAGCUGCAUGUAAUGGUACAGAGGCUGCUCUUCCGUGUUCCAGGGUUUUCAGCUUUUUAUAGCCGAUGCAAAUGUUGUUAUCUUUUGAAGCACCUGUUCAGAUUGCGUUCCAUUGUAUUGAACUCUCAGUAGCCGCCACACAGUAACCCAGAAGCCACUCUGGCAUCCAUUUCAUACACAACUGUUACACAAAACACACUUACUGUUUGAUUAAAGGGAUAGUUCACUUUUAAGAAGUUUUAGAUUAAUUUUGGGUGUUGUCAUUUCAUCCAAGCCAUUUUUUUAUAUUUUUUUAUUAAGCUGGCAAGCAUUUUUGAAGCAUGUUGAAAAUAUAUAUAUAAAAAACUUCCCAAAAUAAAGUAAGCUGUCCCUUUGAGCACUAGGAGUAAGUCAGUGAUCUACUACCAGAAAUAUUCUAAGAAGAUGCUAAACUUAUUAGCAUUAGCCGUAACGCCAGUGAGAAUGUUAACCGCGUGGUGCAUUCUGGGUCAAGGAGAGCACUCCUUUAAGGAGUCAUUUGGGCACUAGUUCAACCAGCCAACAUUAGCAUGAGAUGUUUACUGUUAACUUGUUCUCUGUAAUAUUGUAUAUUGUACAGUUUCAACCAAAAAGACCAGGGAGGUUUUCCAAUGCCUCACAAAGAAGGGCACCUAUUGGUAGAUGGGUAAAUAAAAUCAAAAAAAGCAGACAUUAAAUAUCCCUUUAAGCAUGGUGGUUAUUAAUUACACUUUGGAUGGUUUAUCAAUACACCAAGUCAAUACAAAGAUACAGGCAUCCUUCCUAACUGUUGGGAAAGGGCUCAUAAGGAAGCAUUUCACGGUAAAGUCUACACCUGUUGUAUUCGGUGCAUGUGACAAAUACAAUUUAGGGUGCGUUCGUAAGAAUAACUAAUGAAUUUACGAACACUCAACACCCGUUGAAUAUGGCCAGUGUCAAAUGGUCAGAGUGAGGUGUCCUCUCAUUUGUGUCUGGAAGUAGUGAGCAAGCUAGCCAACGUUAGCCUGCUAGCUUGGGCGCUUUACUGUCAUUGUGAGGUCAGAACGCUCGGAUCAACCCUACUCCUCGGCCAGAGCGUCCAGUGAGCGUUUGAAUUUAUGAAUGGACAAUCUGACAACGCUCUGAAUUUACGAACGCCCAGAGUGCACUCUGGCACUCCAGAUUGAAUGUACAAACACACCCUUCAUUUGAUUGAUUUGAUUAUGAAUCGUGACAUUAUGUACUUUAGAAGAAAAUUAGAAGUUACUCGACUCAUACCCUGACUUUCUAGAAGGGAGUGCGUGGCGAAUGGCUUAGCAACCUCAUGACGCAUUAUGACAACAUAAACGUGAUUGGUCAAGAUUCCCCAUUAUCUAAGCGUUAUGCAUUUCUCCAUUCAUUCUCCCCGCUGUUUAGCAUCUCCCUCCUUCUUAUAAAUAUCUCUGAUACUACUUUUCUACUAUACAGACCAGGUCAAAGGUCAAACCAGCAAUGAGGCAAGGGGCUAGACAAGAUAAACUACAAAACAGUCAGGGCUGGAUUCAAUUUACAGUUGAAGUCGGAAGUUUACAUACACCUUAGCCAAAUACAUUUGAACUCAGUUUUUCAACAAUUCCUGACAUUUAAUCCUAGUACAAAAUUCCCUGUUUUAGGUCAGUUAGGAUCAUCACUCUAUUUUAAGUAUGUGAAAUGUCAGAAUAAAUAGGAGAGAGGAUGAUUUAUUUCAGCUUUUAUUUCUUUCAUCACCUCAAACUACGCAACAGUUUAUAAUUUGGAGAGAGCACCUCAAACUACGCAACAGUUUAUAAUUUGGAGAGAGCACCUCAAACUACACAACAGUUUCUAAUUUGGAGAGAGCACCUCAAACUACACAACAGUUUCUAAUUUGGAGAGAGCACCUCAAACUACGCAACAGUUUCUAAUUUGGAGAGAGCACCUCAAACUACACAACAGUUUCUAAUUUGGAGAGAGCACCUCAAACUACGCAACAGUUUCUAAUUUGGAGAGAGCACCUCAAACUACGCAACAGUUUCUAAUUUGGAGAGAGCACCUCAAACUACACAACUGUCACCGAUUCUGCCGAGGCUGCUCCUCCUCCUAGUUCGGGCAGGCUUCGGCGUUCGUCGUCCCCGGAGUACUAGCUGCCACUGUUGAAUGUUUCUAUGUUUGAUUGCUUUUGUCUGUUUGUUACACCUGUGUCCGUUUGUGUCUGAUUACGUGUUCUAUAAGUUGCCUGUGUUGUAUUGGUUAGGUUGUGUGUUGUUUUUCGCCUGUCCGUAGUGCUGCGUGUUUUUUCUCUGUUUUGUUGUUUUGUUGUUUUAUUGUUUUACGCAUAGUUUGCGUAAUAGCUCGCCUCUGUUUUGUUUUGAGGCCGAUCGUUGUAUCUUUGCCUUGUGGUUCACAAGUAAACUUUAUUGGACUAAGCUUCGGUGUCCUGCGCCUGACUCCCACACCACAUACACCUCAGCCUUGACAACAACAGUUUCUAAUUUGGAGAGAGCACCUCAAACUACGCAACAGUUUCUAAUUUGGAGAGAGCACCUCAAACUACACAACAGUUUCUAAUUUGGAGAGAGCACCUCAAACUACGCAACAGUUUCUAAUUUGGAGAGAGCACCUCAAACUACACAACAGUUUCUAAUUUGGAGAGAGCACCUCAAACUACACAACAGUUUAUAAUUUGGAGAGAGCACCUCAAACUACACAACAGUUUCUAAUUUGGAGAGAGCACCUCAAACUACACAACAGUUUAUAAUUUGGAGAGAGCACCUCAAACUACAUAACAGUUUCUAAUUUGGAGAGAGCACCUCAAACUACACAACAGUUUCUAAUUUGGAGAGAGCACCUCAAACUACACAACAGUUUCUAAUUUGGAGAGAGCACCUCAAACUACACAACAGUUUAUAAUUUGGAGAGAGCACCUCAAACUACACAACCGUUUCUAAACCAGCAUUUAAGGAAAUGUGCCCUUCAUAAAGGGAAGGUUCCGUGCCAAAAGAAAUAGCGCUGACUGUCAUCUGCAUUGUUCUGUAAACUGUAUUGUCAACAGUGUUGAACAAGGACAGACAGACCGUAUCACCACUUUAUUGUACAAUAUCUUGGUCCUAGUAAUAGUUAAUGCUCAGGCAUAGCCUAAAAGGCUGCCCAAAGUAGGCCAACUUCAUUCCUGUGGCUUUUGGCACGUGUUCAUUCAUUUCGCCAACUUGUGUUUUGUCUUCCUCUGUCCUCUCUCUCUCUCUCUCUCUCUCUCUCCCUCUCUUCCUUUCUCUCUCUCUCUCUCUCUCUCUCUCUCUCUCUCUCUCUCUCUCUCUCUCUCUCUCUCUCUCUCUCUCUCUCUCUCUCUCUUCUCUCUCUCUCCUCUCUCUCUCUCUCUCUCUCUCUCUCUCUCUCUCUCUCUCUCUCUCUCUCUCUCCCUUUUCUCUCUCUCUCUCUUCCUUUCUCCUCUCUCUCUCUUUCUCUCUCUCUCUCUCUCUCUCUCUCGUCCUCGCCCAUUUUGUUGGAGAGGAUAUGGCAGGCAUGACUCAGGUGGCUCUUGGACUCAUAAGUGACUCAUGACUCAUACUCUGACUCAAGUCAAUUUUCAUAUCAUUCCUAUGACUGAAUAGCCUCCAUGCUUAGAUUUAAAAUUCCUGUGCAGCAGGUACAACGUUAAUAUGACAGACUCUCUCCCAGGGUGACGCCAAGCACCAAGUUCAUUAGCAAUCAUCUAACAAUUACCUGAUGUAAUCAAAAUCGACUAUAUGACACUUGUAGAAACAUUUAAGUUUAUUAAUCACAACUGUAGUAGAGGAAUGCCACCACAUAGCGGUCUGCCUCGUAUGGGCUAAAUUGGCUUAUUGCUGAUAAACAACAAAAAGAGAGUCUCCUCUUACUGGGCAACUUUAGAUCAUAGUUCCUUUAUCAGAUCACAGCUUCAGCUGUACAGGUGUACAUGCCCACCUCGGAGUACGACGCCUACAGAACAUCCCCUUAACUUCUUAUUCUCGUUUACCCCUACAUAAACCAAUCAAACAGAUGGCUCCCUCUCUGGCCAUCACAGUCUCCCUGUUACAACACACUUUCUGUCUGUGUAUGUGGGUUACACUACCAUUCCCUCUUGAUACUAAAUUAACGCCUCUCUGGUUCCACUUAAACAUUAACACUUCAGAUCUCAAAUACACGACAGGUCCUCUGGUAGCUCAGCUGGUAAGAGCACAGCGUUGUACGCCAAGGUAGUGGGUUCGAUCCCCGGGACCACACAUACACAAAAAUGUAUGCACGCAUGACUGUAAGUCGCUUUGGAUAAAAGCGUCUGCUAAAUGGCUUAUUAUUAUUAUUAUGCUCAAUGUGAAGGUUUACUGCAGGUCGUGAAUGUAUCAAAAGACAUGCUACGUGUUUUCUCUCUCUGCACAGGAUAUUGUUGAAGAUGACUUCAACUGUCUCACAUGAGACCAACUUCACUACAGUCUUCUCCAAUACCACGACCACCACCAAGUCCAAAGAACAAAUACUCACCCAGAGUAAGUAGGCGUUUGUGUCACAGGAGGUUGGUGGCACCUUAAUUGGGGAGGACGGGCUCGUGGUAAUGGCUGGAGGGAAAUUUGUGGAAUAGUAUCAAAUACAUCAAACACAUGGUUUGAUGCCAUUCCAUUCACUCCGUUCCAGCCAUUAUUAUGAGCCGUCCUCCCCUCAGAAGCCUCCAUUGGUGUGUGUGUGUGUGUGUGUGCGUGUGCGUGUGUGUGACCUGGCUGGUGUGUGUGAGAACCAUUAUUUAUUUUUUUACAUCAUUUUAUUUGGAGUUCAAAUUAAAAAAAGAUUCAGUAGUUAAUAAACUAUUCCGAAUAUUUUCUAAAUUUCACCAAGUGGUUAUCAUCAAACAAAACACCUCCCCUAUGGAAGUUCAAAUCAAUAGGAUAGUAUGGCCCUAGUUAAGAUAAGCAUGUGCUGAUUAGAUGUCACACCAUCUAAUCAAGAUGUACUGUAAGGGAUUGGAAACAACUUAAACUUAACCCUGUCACUAAAGGAUACACCUACAAUCCCUCCUAACUAUGCCAUCUAUCAACAACGAAAGGCUCAACACAGCAUGCAAGAUGGCUGACCAAGGAAUGUUGAUGACAGGGUACUAAAUUACCAUUCACUAUCACAAAUAAAUAACACGUUUCCUCUCUGCUCAUUUUCCAGGUUCAGGGGCUAUGAUUGCUGUCAUCGUCAUUGGCAUCAUUAUUCUCGUAACUAUACUGCUUGUCAUCCUGAAGACAUACAACAGGUCAGGCUGCAUUCCAUAUAAAUAGGCCUCCAUGACAUUCUCAGAGUGUUCUCACACUUGGUCCCUUUCAGCCAAUUUCUCUGAACUCAGUGCGGUUUGCUUCAUUUUUUUGUUCAGCGUGAACAUUCCAAAGGAACUCAGACCCCUCAAAAAAGCCCCCGAAGUGAACCAAACUGAAACCGUCUCUGGAGGUGGUCUGAGUUCGGUUCUCUUGAAUUCCGCGAUCCAGUUCCCUUUUUUAGGGCAACGUGAACACAAAGCUCCCCAGGUUCGCUUGUCAUUAUUCCCCGCACCACACACUAGACUACUGCAACACUGUUACCGUUGCCCCUGCCAUAACCCCUCACACUAGACUACUGCCAUAACCCCUCACACUAGACUACUGCAUAACCCCUCACACUAGUAUCUACUGCCAUAACCCCUCACACUAGACUACUGCCAUAACCCCUCACACUAGACUACUGCAAUCAACAGACACUGAUAACCCUCACACUAACACUGCCAUAACCCUCACAUAGAUACUGCCAAACCCUCACUAGACACUGCCCUAACCCCUCCCACUUGCCCUAACCCCUCCAGAACCCAUAACCCCUCACACUAGACUACUGCCAUAACCCCUCACACUAGACUACUGCCAUAACCCUCACACUUAGACUACUGCAACACCCGUUUCCCCCUCGCCAUAACCCCUCACACAGACUACUGCCAUAACCCCUCACACUAGACUACUGCCAUAACUCCUCACACUAGACUACUGCCAUAACCCUCACACUAGACUACUGCCAUAACCCCUCACACUAGACUACUGCCCUAACCCCUCACACUAGAAAUACUGCCAUAACCCCUCAGACUGCCAUACCCCCACAAAUAGACAGCAUAACCCCUCACACUAGACUACUGCCAUAACCCUCACACUAGACUACUGCAACCUGUUUCCCCUGCCAUAACCCCUCACACUAGACUACUGCCAUAACCCCUCACACUAGACUAGUGCCAUAACCCCCCACACUAGACUACUGCCAUAACCCCUCACACUAGACUACUGCCAUUUACGCCCUACACACUAGACUACUGCCAUAACCCCUCACACUAGACUACUGACAUACCCUCCAUUUUCCAUCAAAGAUACUGCGAUAAUGACACUAUGGACAUGAACUCGUUUCCUGCAUACCUACACAAGCUAUGCACAAAACCAAAAUACUGCGCAGUUUUACAUACACCGAUUCCACUAUUGAUCUUGCAAUACGUUUCCGUUGGCCAUAACCCCUCACACUUUUUUGAUGUGUUUUAACCUUACACACUAGACUAUUUGCUUAGAAUCACAACAUAGGUACUCAUAACCCUCACACCCUUGGACGACAACUGCCUAACCCCUUUAAGUUGAAUAGGUUGCAUAACCGCUCACACUAGAGUUAUGUUAAUAAGGCGUUUAUGAUUACCUUAGGAUUAGGGUGGCGAUACCCUCAACUAGACGAGUGGCCAUAUAACCCUCACACUAGACGACGGCCAUACCCCCUCACACUAGACUACUGCAACACCGUUUCCCCUGCCAUAACCAAUAAUAUUUACAUGUUAAUAUUAUCUUCAAAUUAUAAUUAUCACUACAGGUCUCAUCUUUUAACUAUGUAAAUUCAAUCUAUUAGCUUCCACUAUGUUAGUAUAUCUACGCUGAAUAAAAAUAUAAAUGCAACAUGCAACAAUUUCAAAGAUUUUACAAAGAGUUACAGUUCAUAUGUGACCGACCGACUUGAUUCGUUCUGAUGUAGCAACAUUUGAAAUGGUGUUUUUUACAUUCUAUAAAAGUAGAGACCCAGAGCUAGAAAAUGGUUAUAUCAAACACUACAGUCGAGGAACAAUGGGAAAGUAAUUCUGCUUUGAAAGUUGAUAAACUUCUAACCUCACUUUUAAGAAAAUGGCCUUUGAAUGUUUUGGUACAACCAUUCAGCAUCGUUCACACCCUCUAAAGCUUUAGCCCCACCCAUCUCUUUAAGUUGUCGCAGUGACAUCAUGAAAAUUCUAUUGAAAUGGAUACUAAUAGUGGAGUCUUUUGUUAAGACAUGUAGCUAGCUAGCUAAACAAUUAACCAUAAUCUCAACUCAUGACUUUACUACCCUGCAUGAAUCUGCAGGUAGCUAACCAACCAGGUUUAAUGUUAGCCAGCUAACAUUAGCUAGCUAGCUAACAGUACACUUUAACUUGAAAUGAAAACGACUUUCUGACAAAAUUAGAAAUGUGUAAUAUCUGAAAAUUUAGCUAGCUAGACUAUCUUACCCGUAUACAUGGAUGGACGCUUCUCCCUCUCUGUCACGGAUGCCAUGGUUGCCUUUAGUUUGAAGAUGUAAUCCGGAGACAGGUGUUUUCUCCAUCUCCUUAGCUAUCAUACUCUAAUUCCACUGAUUUCAAAAAUCAGUCCUGCAGAAAGUGGAGAGCAAAACUUAUGCAGUUCUACUACGCAAUAUAUAUAUAUUUUUAAAGCCGCGUUAGACAGGAUUACCUACACAUACUGACCAGCUCAAAUAGUGGGCUAAAUGGCAGACCAAUCCAAACUCAUCUUUCGGCAUGUCCAGCCUACUCAUUAUCUCAGCCAAUCAUAGCUAGCGGGAAGGUUGCUGUCUUUUUCUGUGGCUAAACAACCUAGGCUUGUACUUUAACAAUUGUAUUCGUAUUUACAGAUGGCAUACAAGUUUGAUAUUAAGGCACAUGAAAGUUCACAUGUUCCAGAAGGCAUUUUUGCCAAAAAAUGCAUUUGGAUUUAAAAAAAAAGUGUGAAGUAGUGACGCGUGACAUACGCCUAGUUUCCUGAAACGAGUCACAUAUAAGAAAAUCAGUCAAUUGAAAUAAAUUAAUUAGGUCCUAAUCUAUGGAUUUCACAUGACUGGGAAUACAGAUAUGGAUCUGUUGGUCACAGAUACCUCAACAACAAAAAGUAGGGGCGUGGAUCAGAAAACCAGUCAGUAUCCGGUGUUACCACCAUUUGCCUCAUGCAGCGCAACACAUCUCCUUCUCAUAGAGUUGAUCAGGCUGUUGAUUGUGGCCUGUGGAAUGUUGUCCCACUCCUCUUCAAUGGCUGUGCGAAGUUGCUGGAUAUUGGCAGGAACUGGAACACUCUGUCAUACACGUCGAUCCAGAGCACCCUAAACAUGCUCAAUGGGUGACAUGUCUGGUGAGUAUGCAGGACUUGGAAGAACUGGGACAUUUUCAGAUUCUAGGAAUUGUGUACAGAUCCUUAUGGCUUGGAGCUGUGCAAUAUCAUGCUGAAACAUGAGGUGAUGGUGGCGGAUGAAUGGCACGACAAUGGGCUUCAGGAUCUUGUCACGGUAUCUCUGUGCAUUCAAAUUGCCAAUCGAUACUAUUUAAUUGUGUUCGUUGUCCGUAGCUUAUGCCUGCCCAUACCAUAACCCCACCGCCACCAUGGGGCACUCUGUUCACAACGUUGACAUUAGCAAACCGCUCACCAACAUGACGCCAUGCUGUCAUAUGCCCAGUACUACAGUUGAAACUGUGAUUCAUCCGUGAAGAGCACACUUUUCCAGCGUGCCAGUGGCCAUCGAAGGUGAGAAUUUGCCCACUGAAGUCAUUUACGACGCCGAACUGCAGUCAGGUCAAGACCCCUGUGAGGACGACAAGCACGCAGAUGAGAUUUUAUGAGACAGUUUCUGACAGUUUGUGCGGGUGGCUCGUCUCAGGCUAUCCCGCAGGUGAAGAAGCUGCAUGCUGAGAUCCUGGACUGGCGUUUUUUACACGUGGUCUGCGGUUGUGAGGCCGGUUGGACGUACUGCCAAAUUCUCUAAAACGACGUUGGAGGCAGAUUACGGUAGAGAAAUUGACAUUCAAUUCUCUGUCAACAGCUGGUGGACAUUCCAUUCAGCAUGCCAAUCAGCAGCUCUCCCUCAAAACUUGAGACAUCAGUGGCAUUGUGUUGUAUGAAAAAUGGAAUACACUGAAUAGAAAGCAAAACUCCAGCACACUGGUGAUGUUGAUGCUUCUGAACAUUAAAUGGGUCGCAUAAAAUAUCUGUGCUAUAACAAAUAACAUUUUAGCACAUUUACUAUUGAAUUGUAUAUUUUGUCCUAAUCCAGAUGUUAUUCACUGUAUAUGUUAUCCUAAUCCAGAUGGUAUUAACUGAAUAUGUUGUCCUAAUCCAGAUGAUAUUAACUGUAUAUGUUGUCCUAAUCCAGAUGGUAUUAACUGUAUAUGUUGUCCUAAUCCAGAUGUUGCUGACUUUUCCUGAUUAUUCAUUAGAAAUGAACUAAGAUUUAAAAAUGCAAUUUAUAACUAUGGUAUGUUUUGUUAUAGUGUGGGCCCAGAGUUUUUCCUGGUCAGGUGACAAGGUCAGGGAAAUCUCAGGGUCCUAAAGUUGACCUUUAGAAUAGAAUAGAAUAAUUUAGGAAACUUAUUUUUUAAAGCAUUCAGAUAAAAAAUGUAACAUAUUCAAAUGUCUUUCUCCUUCACAAGGCGGACACAUGCAUCCAGAGUGCUGGGUAGAGGCUCCAAAGGUCCACCUCGUCAGAAAAUGUCUUCCUCUACAAUGCAGACCAGCAUACCCUUGGGAAAUUUAGGAGCCAGCUCUGUGUCUGGUAGCUUUGCUCUGUCUAGUAGUAUGUCAGAAAAUGGAUUCCGGCUACCCCGAGUGGAACUAAACAGCCUGGACUACAACAACUUGGAGCAGCAGAGUACGAUCAGCGAUUCCACAGUGGUCACCAUACAUGAUACUCCAUCACUAGGAAAUACAUAG